AUGAUUAAUCGUAAGUUUGAUUACGGCCGAGAACCGAUACAAACUUAUAUUGUCGAGAAAAAUAAUUUGAUUGAAAAGUGUUCUCCGGAAAUGAGCCUUAAGAACAAAAAGCAAACGAUUGUAGAUGGUUUCAAAGGAUAUGAGUUCUAUGAGGAUAUGUUGGAUAUUACUCGAAACACAGAUAUAAAUAGUGAACACGAGUUGAUAAAAUUAAUAGUUAAAAAGUUCAAAAAUCAUGAGAAGGCUAGAAACGCAAUUAAUCCCAAAGGUUAUAAGACUGAAGACGAUGAUUUAAAACGUUUGCUACGUAAAAGUAUUGAAACAAUUAAUAAUACUAAACAUGUAACGUUUAAUCGACGCGAUCAAACGGAUUUCAAUAGAAGAGAAUCACAGGAAGUUAAUCAACGUAGUUCGAGAGACUACACACGAAAUAGACAGCAAAAUUUCAAUUUACGUAACAGAAAUUUUAAACAAUAUAGAGACCCUUCGUAUGAAAACGAUAACUAUAAUAAACGUUAUAAUACUUCGUUAUAUGAGAACACAAAUAGUUACCGAAGAGAUAGUUUUGGCGAUGGUAGUCGACCAAGUAACAAGGAUAGUAAUACAUUACCGAAGAGAGUGGAUAACAACCCAAACAAGGCUGACAGACAGCAACAUCCUCUACAAGAAGGAAAGCUUUCCAGACUAGGUCAAGGUGUUUCAAUUGUGGAAAAAUUGGGCACAUUAAGAUUAACUGUACCCAACAACGAAAAAAUUCAAAAAACUAAUUAG